GAGGAUAUGUUGUUGAAGUUGGAGAAGGGGCCUCUUAGUAAUGUUGAUGUUGAUGAAGGCAGCACCACCAUUAACCUGGUUCUCAUCUACAGCAUCUUCACCGCUGUUUGUGGCUCCUUCGUCAUAGGCUUUGCUACGGGUUACACCUCUCCUGUUCAGUCUGGAAUCAUCGCAGACAUGGGACUCACAAUAGCAGAUUACUCCCUAUUUGCAUCAAUACUGACAAUUGGUGGAUUGAUAAGCUCACUGUUAUGUGGGAAACUAACAGAUUACAUUGGUCGCCGUGGUGUAAUGGGAUUGUCAAGCACACUGUUCCUGAUCGGAUGGCUUGCUAUAGCAUUUUCACAGCAUGCUUGGUCCCUCGAUCUUGGUAGAUUGGCCUUGGGUAUGGCAGGAGGAUUAAACAUUUAUGUGGUUCCUGUCUACAUAGCAGAGAUCACACCAAGGAACCUCCGAGGAGGGGCAGUGCUUCUCCAUCAGUUGAUGAUAUCUUGUGGAUUGGCAUCUGCUUACAUUGUCGGGCUUGUGACAAACUGGCGUGUCUUAGCUUUGAUUGGUGCUCUGCCAUGCCUGGUACAGCUUUUCGGAUUAUUUGUCAUUCCAGAGUCUCCUAGGUGGUUGGUGAAAGUUGGUCAAGAUAAAGGUUAUGAAGUUGCUUUAAAAAGCCUAAGAGGAAAGAACAUGGAUAUAUUUCAUGAAGCAGCUGAAAUAAAAGAAUGUAUAAGAGCCGCAGAAAAUAUCUCAGAAGAUAAAUUUCUUAGCGUGUUUCAGAGGAAGUAUGCUAGUUCCCUCACAGUUUGCGUUGGGCUGAUGGCGCUAUCAGGAUCUAGUGGGGCAGGUGGCAUUAUAGGUUACGCAACUGCAACAUUUGAAUCAGCUGGUUUCUCCGGUACUGUAGGGACUGUAGCAAUGGCACUAACCCAGCUUCCACCAACUAUUCUUGGUGUAUUCUUGAUGGAUAAAUUUGGAAGGCGGCCUCUUUUGCUGUAUUCUGCGGUUGGGAUGUGCACAACUUGCUUUUUAUUGGCAUUGUCAUUCUUGAUGAAGGAACAUGGGUGGAUGAAAGAUUUCAGUCCCUAUCUAGCCCUUAUUGGCAUUUUGAUAUCUGCUGCAACGUUCCCAGUAGGAUUGGGAGCGAUACCAGGUUUGAUAAUGUCUGAGAUUUUCCCAAUGAAUGUAAAAGGAGCAGCUGGAAGUUUAGCAAUAGUUGUUAGCUCAUUGUGUGGUUGGAUUGUCUCCUACACAUUUAACUUCUUAAUGGAAUGGAGCUCUUCUGGUACAUUUUUCAUAUUUAUGAGCAUCAAUGUAUUUACUGUGCUAUUCAUCUCAAAAUUAGUUCCAGAAACAAAAGGGCGGACAUUGGAGGAAAUACAGGAAUCACUUUCCCGUGCCUUUUAUCAGAAAUUAUUUUGCAGCCAAAUGAUGUACUACGAUAAUAAUGGUAACAAUACGGAGGCAGAGCGACCGUUGAUUGAAAUCCAAUCAACGGCGUCUAGCGACAAAGGCGAGGGAAGUGUAACUUGCGUUCUUGUUUUUAGCAUCUUCGUUGCUGUUUGUGGUUCAUUUGCUUGUGGUUUAGGUGGAGGCUAUUCUUCUCCUUGUCAGUCUGCAAUCAUCAAAGACUUGCACCUCUCAACAGCAGAUUAUUCUCUCUUCGGGUCAUUAUUGAUGGCUGGAGGACUGUUAGGUGCACUAGUAUGUGGAAAACUAACUGAUUCAAUGGGUCGUCGUGGUAGUAUGGGGCUCUCAAGCAUACUCUGCCUUGCUGGUUGGCUUUCUAUAGCAUAUUCACAGGAUGUAAGGUCCCUUUAUAUUGGCAGACUAGCUACUGGUUUUUCAACUGGACUCGUUGCUUUUGCAACUCCUGUAUACAUAACAGAAAUAGCACCGAAGAAUAUUCGAGGGGGAUUAGGGCUUCUCCAUCAGUUACUGAUGAGCUGUGGUGUAACAGUGGCUUUGCUUGUUGGUCUUGUUACUAGCUGGCGCGACUUAGCUUUGAUCGGUACUGUUCCAUGCAUGAUACAACUUUUGGGAGUAUUCUUCAUUCCAGAGUCCCCUAGAUGGUUGGUGAAGGCCAGAUCUGGAGAUGAGUAUGAAGCAGCUUUAAAACGUCUUAGGGGAAAGAACACUGAUAUAUCUCAAGAAGCAGCUGAAAUCAAAGAGCAUACUGAAGCUGUUAUAAAUAACUCACACAAUUUCUUUGAUGUGUUCCAAAUCAAAUAUGCUUAUGCACUCACUGUAAGCCUGGGGCUCAUGGCACUACCAGCAUUUGGCGGGACAAAUGCGAUUUUAUUUUAUGCAUCUACUAUCUUUGAAUCGGCUGGAUUGUCAGAAACUGUAGGAACUAUUGCCAUGGGUCUUAUCCAGCUCCCACCAUUUGCUCUCGGUGUAUUUUUGAUGGAUAAACAUGGUAGACGGCCACUUUUGCUGUUUUCUGCAGCAGGGAUGGCCGUAGCUUGCUUCUUGAUGGCAUUAUCUUUCUUGUUCAAGACACAUGGUUGGAUGAUGGAUAUCAGUCCCUAUUUUGCCCUUUCUGGAAUACUGAUAUUCUCUGCGACUUAUCCGGUGGGAAUGGGAGGGAUACCAAGUAUUAUAAUGUCAGAGAUAUUCCCUAUAAACAUAAAAGGGGCAGCUGGAACCUUAGCAACUGUAGUCGGCAACACAAGUGCCUGGAUUGUCACCUACACAUUUAUUUUCAUGAUGCAAUGGAGCUCUUUUGGCACAUUUUUCGCGUUUUCACAUGUUAAUAUAACCACCCUGCUAUUUAUCGCAAAACUAGUCCCAGAGACAAAGGGCAGGACACUGGAGGACAUACAAGAUCUAAUAAGCUAUAAGGGAAAUCGCUUUUGGUAAUGAAGAUGUAAAAAGUUGUAGCAAAUGUGUGCCAAAGCUAUGUGGUUAACUUUAGAUAUUCUGUGGCUUACAUCUUUAUCAAAAUGUUGUAAACAUUUCAACUUUGUUACUCUCUUGAGCGUACAAAUUACAGCUAUAUAA